GAAGAUCAAACUGAAGAAGAUAUUGAUGAUUUUGAUCGACAAAUCCAAACUCUAAUGCAUGAUUUACAGGUGGCUUUCUUCGCAAUAGCUUUACCUACUUUGGCAAGAUGGUUGGGUCGAAGGCUCUCAAUGUGGGCAUGGACAAGUUAUGUACAGUGGUAUUAUCAACCACGCGUCUCAGAUGAACGUGAUAAAAAAGAGAAAAACUCGAAACCUCAAGUCAACGGCUCUACCGGCCAUAGUCGUCACAGUAGCAUUGCUAGUAAUCACGCGUCUGAGCCACCGGAACAAGACGCUCGUGAUAGUCUAGAAACAAAAUUGCAAAGUAUGAUCGCUUUAUUAUGGCAGGCCGCUGUGACUGUUUACGAUUCUCAGGCGAAUAGCGAUAUUUUGAGUAACAUUUUCACUCGUUACGUGAAUGAAUUAAAUGACUUGGAAAACACCAAUGAAUCGAUAAAUAUCCAGAUUCCAAUUGAAGCACUCGAAUGCCUUGAAGAGGGAGGCAAUCCACAAUUAUUAUUAACCGAGUACCUGGAAGAAUUAAUGGCACAAGAACAACAAAUGAAGGCAAAAACUGACGCAGUAAAGAGCUUCAAAAGUGAACUAGAACUUGCAUUGUUAUCUUCCGAGGUUAAUGAUGAUGAGGAAUAUUUAUACGAACCAAAUGGAGGGACAAAUAGUGAUACGAUAAAUGGUCAUUGA